AUGGCGGGCACCGACUACGCAUACGAUGAGGAGGGCUACCUCUGGCCCUUCUUCGUCUUUACCCUCACCUCCAUUGUCACCAUCCCGUUGACAUACAUUCUCGUCAAGAGGUCACGAGACCCGGCUGCUUCGUUCCCACGCAUCAAGUCCGACUUCAAGCAUGCCCACUCAGACACCAUCGAUGAGCUCCGAAAGAAGGAGCGCCGCAAGGAGCGCAAGGUUUGGCUUACCGUCUUCGUCAUUGCCGGCUGGCUCAUCAUGGGCUACAUGCUCUUCCUGAUCAAGACGACCGAUGCGCCGUCGACGCGCAUCUGGAACCCUUACGAUAUCCUCGGCCUGUCUGAGUCGGCCACCGAAAAGGAGAUCAAGAGCCGCUACCGCAAGCUCUCGCUCAAAUACCACCCGGACAAGGCCAAGCCCGAUCCUAAGAAGAACGAGACUAUGGAGGACCUGAACCGGCGUUAUGUUGAGAUUUCUAAGGCCUACCAGGCCCUGACGGACGAGGAGGUGCGCAAUAACUACAUCCAGUACGGCAACCCGGACGGCAAGCAGGGCUUCAGUAUCAACAUUGCCCUGCCCAAGGCCAUGGUGUCGGACGGCAAUGGCAAGUACGUGGUGCUGACCUACUCGGCCCUGUUUGGCGUCCUGCUGCCCUACCUGGUCGGUUCCUGGUGGUACGGCACCCGCAAGAGGUCGCGCGAGGGUGUUCUUAUGGAGAGCGCCAACCGCCUGUUCCGCGAGUACAAGGAGACCAUUGACGAGGGCGGCAUCAUUACUGCUCUGAGCGUUGGUCAGGAGUAUGAGGAGCUCUUUAAGGGAGAUAAGGCCGAGUCUGGCCUGGCCAAGAUUGAAUCGCGCGUGCUUGCUGAGGGCGAGCUCUCCCCUCUGGCUGGCGGGCUGUCUGUCAAAGACCGCGAGAAGCUGGAGGACCUCGAGAACGGCCCUCAACGGAAGGCGCUGGCGCUCCUGUGGGCUUACCUGGGCCGCAUCGAACUCGACGAUCCUGAGCUGGAGAAGGCCAAGUUCGCUGUCGCCCCGAUCGCCCACUCGCUCAACAAGUCGUUCAACGCCAUCUCUCUCGCCUACGGCAAUACCUCUCCUCUUCUGGCCUCGUACUAUGCUGGUCAGAUGCUGAUCCAGGCUAUCCCGCCCAAGUCUUCGCCUCUCCUGCAACUCCCCUACUUCACCCCUGCCGUCGUCAAGGCUAUCGAGGGCGACUCCCGUAUCCACACCACCGUCCAGGACUUCAUGGACCGCCCUGAUGCCAAGCGCCGUGCGCUCGUCGUCCGGCCCGGCCUGCUCACCCAGGACCAAUACGCCGAAGCCGUCCGCGUCGCCAAGCAGCUCCCCUACUUCCGCGUCGCCAAGGCCUUCUUCAAGGUCACCGGUGAGCGCUUCAUCAUCCCCUCGUCUCUCGUCACCCUCGUUGUCAAGGGUCGCUUUGUGCCUCCCGGCAGCGAAAACGUCCCCGAAAUCGACCCCCUCGACCUCGAGGAUAUCGAUCCCGCCGAGGACGACCUGGACGCCAUCCUCGGCCGGAAGACCGCCAAGGUUGUGGGCAAGGACGAGAAGACGGGCAAGCCGAUCAUCGAGUCGGCCGAGACGGAGCUCGUGCCUGCGCCACUGGCGCAUGCCCCCUAUUUUGCUAGGGACCAUUCGCCCAGGUGGCAUGUCUUCUUGACGGACUCGAAGCAAGGACGGGUCGCGGUGCCACCGUUCACGUUUGCGCAGUUCGAUCGGCCUAUCUUCGGGGAGGAUGGAAUUACGCCGACUUUCGCCAUGCAGACGCUCAAGGCGCAGUUCCAGGCGCCGCCGCAGGCGGGGCAUUAUACUUUUGUGAUGCAUGUCGUGUGCGAUAGUUAUGUUGGGUUCGAUACCAAGAUGGAGGUCACGCUGGUAGUCGAGGAGCCAAGUAAGCUCGAGGAGGUGCAGGAGGAUGAGAUCAGUGAGCCGGAGGAGGAUACCAUCGCCGGCAUCAUGCAAGCUGCCAAGGGCGGUCCGGUUAAGAGGAGACAGGACAGUGAUGAGGAGUCGGAUGAGGAGAGCACAACGGACGACGAUGAGGAUGAUGAUACCAGCGAGACGAAUACGGAUACGGAGCCGGAGAAUUAG